AUGGCGUUCGCGACCAGCCGCGGCCCUGUCUCUGCGCUGGCCAGCCGAGGUGUGGCGCGCGUGCGCGCGGCCUCGUCAGUGUGCGGCCCCCGUGCUCUCGGCCCCCACGACGCGCGCACGGGACCGCGCACGGGGCGCCGUGGGUCGCCGUGCCCGGCUUCUGACUUCACGGACGCGGAGGUCGUCGCAGAGGUGCCCGCGGUCCCGUCGACGGCGCUGGCCGUCGACGAGUCGCCCAAGAAGGUGUCAGGUCCGACGAUCAUUGUUUCGGGCGGUUCCCAGGGCACCGGUCUCGCGCUCGCGAAGAUCUACGCCAAGAAGGGGUACAACGUGGUGCUCGCGGCGCGCAACGAGGAGGUGCUGCAGGAGGCCAAGGGCGCGGUGCUGCGCGAGCUGCCCGCCGGCACGACGGACGCCGAGGACCGCGUCGCCGCGGUGCCGUGCGACAUCACGUCGCCGUCGCAGGUCAAGGCGCUGGCGCAGGAGGUCGCGCUGCGGUUCGAGGAGGUCACGGUGCUCGCGAACGUCGCGGGCGUGUGCAUGUCGGGCAGCUUCGAGGACCACUCGCUGGAGGACUUCCAGUCACAGAUGGACGUGAACUUCAUGGGCGCGGUCGCGGUGACGCAGGCCUUCCUGCCGCGGCUGCGCGAGACGGCGAAGCGCAAGGGCCGCGCGCACAUCGCGGUGGUGAACUCGUUCGGCGGGCGCAUCCCGCUGCGCAACAUGAGCGCGUACACGGCCUCGAAGUACGCGCUGGCGGGGUGGACGGACGUGCUGCGCGCGGAGCUGGAGGGCAGCGGGAUCAAGGUGACGCAGGUGCAGCCGGGGGUGAUCAAGAGCGCGUUCAUGUCGCGGGCGCAGUUCCGGGGCGCGGACGGGGCCAAGGCGCAGCAGUCGAUGGCGCAGAUGCUGGAGAACGGGGUGCCCGGGUUCACGCAGACGCCCGAGGAGGUGGCGCGGGACGUGCAGUAUGGGAUCGAGAACUGCAAGGACGAGGUCGUUGUGGGGGGGGUGUUCAAGGCCAUCCUGAAGUCGUACAGGCUGACUGGCGCCAACCCCUUCGCGAUCGCGCCGCCGCAGUGA